UUAUAAUUUAUAGUACUUGCAGUUUAUAGUUGUGAAUAUUCACAUUUGAAUUGUGGAUGUAAUUACAAAAAUUAGGUAGUUGAGACCUAAAUGUCUCAGAUAUAAAAAUAAAAAUAAAUUAGUGUAAAAUUACUCUUAUGAUUUAAGUUGGUUGGUGUUACAUAAAGAAAUACCUUAAAGUAUUGUACCUAUUAAGGUAACAAUCAGCACAACAAAAACACAGUGCACUAUAGUGCCAUUUAGUAAUAUCUAUAUAUACAAUAACAAUAAAAUCAGUCAAUUUUAAAAAAUAUGCUUAUCUAAUAAAUUACUUAAUUUACCUACAUAUUUAUAUAUAUUACAAAUGAUAAUAACAAAAAUUGUAAGUUUUGUAAGGCAAAGUCACACAAUAAUAUUGUACUAUCUAACACACAUGAUUUAUACGUAUGCAAGUAAGUAUACACUUUUCUUUUGCGGUAUGUUGUAAUUGCCGAAAACCCGGCCACAAGGCCCGUGACUGCAUAAAGCCAAGAAGUCAUGGCGCGCCAGCACGCGAUGAGCAGCGUGGCUCGGCACCACGGCGCGAAGAACGCCGGUUCGCGACACGCGAGCACCGCAAUGAGGCGCGUAAUGAGCGGUGGGCUGCGGCAUGUGGGUAGCGUCGGGAAACCGGGGAAACGGCCACACGCGACGAUCGGAGUAGCUCCUCAGCCUCUCGCCAGCGACGGCACGCGGAUAUAGUUCCUUCAAUAGCUUAAAUUUUAUUAGUAUUAAUGAUUGAAAUGUAAUAUUUGAAACAGUAUAUACUUCAUUGUGAUGAUACGUUUUUGUGAUUCUAAAUAAUAUUAUAUUUAAAUGUUUAAAUAAUUUAUAAAAUAUAAAUAAUAAUAAUACAGUUACAAAAGUUUUCAUUAUAGUACCUAUAAUCUAAAUAAUAGUAUAUUAGUCAUUAUUGAAGUGGUUAAUAUUGUAUCUAGCAUCUAGCAGAUAUCUCACACUACUUACAUUUAUACGUCAUAAUAUCCAAUAUCUUAGUCAUAAAUUUAUAAUAUUGGUUUUUAUAAUCUUAUAUAUUUUAUUAUUAUUUAGUUUUAUUGACAUACCUCCCUAUAUACUAUUUUUUACUUGUUUAACAUUGAAAGAUAAUUAUGUCAUAGAUCAUACUCAUGUUAUGUAUUAUUAGGCUAGAGAUACAGCUUAGAGAUGUGUAAAUAUUUGCUUAUAUUAGUAUUUUAGAUAAGACUUCCAUGACAAAAUACAUAUUAUCUAUCCAAAUAUCAAUUAGUAAAUUGUGAAUAUCAUAAAAAGUUGUGUUCUAUAUCGUUUAACUUAUAGUUGUAUGAAAAAAGAAAAUUUGUUUUUUUGAUUUUGUUGAAUAUUUCAAAUUUGAAAUUCCAAUUUAAUGUUAAUAAAAUUGUUUAGAAUUGGAUUGUGAUGUAUAUUAUUGUAAUUAUGUAUUAUUAAAUAUACUAUAUUCAUUUAUAUUUGAAUGAAGUAUAAAAAGUAUGUGGUAGACCAUAUAUGACAAGAAUACCAAUAUCACAAUGGGUAUGCAAGGUAUACAGAUAAUUUUUGAUGAUCCAACAGCAGUAUUUAUGCCCGGUCAAACCAUUACUGGACGAGUCUUACUUCAGACUAGUAGCUCUGUGAAAAUCAAAAAUAUAAAAUUGAAAUUCCGAGGAGAAGCUAAUGUUCGUUGGACUGAAACUAGAUCUCGGAAUAACAGAGAUGAUGAAAGAGAAAAUCAUUUAGUUAGUUUUUCUGCAAGAGAAGAAUAUUUUAAAAAUAAAAUUUUUCUGGUAGGUGCAAAAGGUGAAUCCCAAUUGGAAGCUGGUGAACAUGUUUAUCCAUUUAAUUAUUCUUUACCGCAUCAAUUACCAUCAACAUUUAAUGGUAAACAUGGGCAAAUAUGUUAUAUAGCAAAAGUUAAAAUUAAUGUACCCUGGAAAAAGAAUAUAGAGAAAGAAAUAAUGUUUGAAAUUUUUUCUCCUAUAAAUUUAAAUGAUGAUCCAUCAUUAGCUGAACCUAAAAAAGAAUUAAAAGAAAAGUUUUACUGUUGCUGUUGCUGUAAAUCUGGCCCUAUGACAUUGAUAGCAUGCAUCCCUUAUAGUGGUUUUGUACCUGGACAAUCUAUACCAGUUACAGUUGAAUUGGAUAACAACAGCAAUAUGGAUGUAGAUACAAUUAAAAUAAAACUGGAUAGAACUUUACAAUUUAUAGCCCCUAGAAAUGAAAUAAAGUCCGAACUAUUCAAGAUUGUUAACGUAUACAUAGAUGGUGCUGAAAAACGCACUUCGAAGACACAUGUAGUACAACUUCAAAUUCCAAAUGGUUUAGUGAUACCCAAUUUAAAACAUUGUGGAAUUAUGUCCGAUACAUAUACUUUAAAUGUUGAGGCUUGUGUUAAAGGUACACAUUUAAAUGAAGUAGCUUCUCUUCAAAUAAUAUUAGGUAAUACGCCAUUAACAAUAGCUAGCAAUGCUCGUCAAUUUGAUAGUUCUUUUCAACCAUUGAAUCAAUAUUAUUUUCCAAAUGAACCAAUUCCAACAAAUCUUUUUCCAUCUGUGGGUUUUAAUGAUUCAACAUUGAUUCCUGGAUAUGCUCAACUGGAAGUGCCAAAUAACCAACCAUGUACUGUGCCACACUUAGCUUCUCAGAAUCUAGAAAAUAGUACGAUUCUUACACAAAACAAUUUACUGAACAUUCAAUUAGCUGGAUUUCCAGAUCCACCACCACCAUAUCAAUUUGCAGUUACAGAAAAUACAUCUGAAAUUCCUACAACUUUUAUUAAGAAAUAUUAGAUGGCGACCUGAAACUAAAACAAUGGUUAGAAUAGUCAAUGGGCCUUGACAAUUCAUAUACCACUAGCUUUCAAACAAUGAUCAGAUAAUUUUGGCAUGAUCAUUGGUUGUGUUUAUUAUAUUUAUUUUGUUUUAUUAAUUUGUAAAAAACUUUAUUAUAAAAAUACUGAAUACUGACUACUUUUCAAUGAUAAGUUUUAAAUAUUUGUACUAGAAUUUAUAAAUUAUAUUAUUUUAUAAAAAUGUAUUAAUAUUGCACAAAAAAAAAAAAACAAUAAUAAAUGAGAACUUUUCUAA